UUUAUUGUGACAUUUGACACGCCAUUGCAAAGAAAUGCCAAUAAUUUUUAUACAACAAUUAAAAUGGACGUCGGCGAACUAUUGUCUUUUAAGCCUACCCCAACACCUAAGCGUCCUAAUGAAGAUGAACUUGGAGAUUCUGAUGAGGAAAGUGUACGUUCGAAAAAAAGUACGUCGACGAGCAGUCGGUUCGGAAUUGGAAAGAUCUGCAAAGAUCCCAACCAUCAUCAUCUACCCAAAGAACCUACUAUAACUGACAAAGAACGCGAAGAUAUUCUAAAAUUUGUAGAAAAUGUUGUUACAGAGGAGUUAACGGAUGUUGAUAUAUUGCAUGAGAGUGAGGAAGGUGCAGAGGAACUAAUCAAUGCUUUAGCUGAUGCAGAGUGUUCAUCUGUACUCUUACAUAAUUUGGCUCGUCUUGAUGAACUAGUGCCAGAUGAGAGAGAUGCUGUACAUAAUACUUUAGGGAUAGUUGAAAAUAUAACUGAGUUUCGUCCUGAAUUAUGGGUUGAAGAUGCAAAACAAGGUUUCAUUCAGUGGAUUCUUAAGAGAUUGAAGAUGAAAAUGCCAGUCGAUGCCAAUAAAUUAUAUGCAACAGAGAUUUUGUCAAUUCUUCUGCAGAAUACACCCGAGAACAGAAAAUUUUUAGGAGAACUUGAUGGCAUCAAUGUACUACUACAAGAGUUAGCUGUGAGUAUUUUUUUCUCAAUAUAUAAAGAUUUACAAGAUUUUACUGUAAGGCCUUAA